AUGAUGGUGAAGAUGGUGAAGAUGGUGAAGAUGGUGAAGAUGGUGAAGAUGGUGAAGAUGGUGAAGAUGGUGAAGAUGGUGAAGAUGGUGAAGAUGGUGAAGAUGGUGAAGAUGGUGAAGAUGGUGAAGAUGGUGAAGAUGGUGAAGAUGGUGAAGAUGGUGAAGAUGGUGAAGAUGGUGAAGAUGGUGAAGAUGGUGAAGAUGGUGAAGAUGGUGAAGAUGGUGAAGAUGGUGAAGAUGGUGAAGAUGAGGUGA